CUUAUAUUUGCACACACUAUCGAUAAACUACAAAAUCAUUUCUGUCACGUGUUUGAUUGCCAACUUUGCAAAGUUUGGAACAUUUUAAAUACCGGCAUUUCCUUUCCCGAUUAUUUUUUAUCAAGAAACCGAAUGGCAGCUCGCAUUAAAUACACCAAGAAGAUGGUUGCAACGCGUAGGAAGCGAAUAAUUCAGGCCAAACUAAGGACAAAGCCACAAACUGCCUUCGAUCGCCGGCUUCUUGAAUUGGAGCGCCGUAUAAAUAGAUUAACCAGAGAAGUUCGGGACUACAAAUUACAGUACUGCAGACGCAAUAAAAUCAUCUUUCGGACUUCAGAAAUUCCAUAUCCAUUCGAAUUGAAUUUGGAGUUCAUGCAAGGAAUCGAAUCCAUCGCUGUGCAGCUUUUGGUGGACGGUCAAAAGCCUAUUUUUAUUUUUACUUCUUGAGUCGGCAAAACGUAAAAGUC